AUGGCCAAUUCCUCCUUUGUCACUGAGUUCCUACUGCUGGGUUUUUCCAGCCUUGGGGAAUUGCAGCUUGUCCUCUUUGUGGCCUUUCUCAGCCUCUAUCUGAUCAUCUUAAGUGGAAAUAUCACCAUCAUCUCAGUCAUUCACUUGGAUCGGAGCCUCCACACACCCAUGUACUUCUUUUUAGGUGUUCUCUCCACUUCUGAGAUCUUCUACACUAUUGUGAUUCUGCCCAAGAUGCUCAUUAACCUGCUCUCUGUACUGAGGACACUCUCCUUCAUGAGUUGUGCCACUCAAAUGUUCUUCUUCCUUGGAUUUGCUGUCACCAAUUGCCUGCUUCUGGGAGUCAUGGGUUACGAUCGUUAUGCUGCCAUUUGUCAGCCUUUGCAUUAUCCCAUUCUCAUGAGUUGGAGAGUGUGUGGACAGCUGGCAGCAACAUGUGUUGUUAGUGGCUUUCUAAUAUCUUUGGUGGGAACAACUUUAGUCUUCAGCCUUCCUUUCUGUGGUUCCAACAAAGUCAAUCACUACUUUUGUGAUAUCUCACCUGUCAUCCGUCUUGCCUGUGCUGAAACCUACAUCAAUGAACUGGUCAUCUUCAUCUGUGGGGUUCUUGUGCUUGUUGUCCCCUUGCUCUUCAUUUGCAUAUCUUAUGGCUUCAUUGUUCACACCAUCAUGAAGAUCCCAUCAGCUGAAGGCAAGCGAAAAGCCUUCUCCACUUGUGCUUCUCAUCUCAUUGUGGUCAUUGUCCAUUAUGGUUGUGCAUCCUUUGUCUACCUGCGACCUUCAGCCAAAUAUACAACAGGCAAAGACAGGCUGGUGACAGUGACCUAUACCAUCAUCACCCCACUGUUAAACCCCAUGGUAUACAGCCUCAGGAACAAAGAUGUACAGCUGGCCAUUCGGAAAGUGAUUGGCAAGACUGGGUUUUCUUCUAAGACUUUAUAA